AUGCAGCUGCCAAGGUGGAUUCUACUCGGUGGCUUAAAGCCCGAGUACAGCAUGGUAAUUUUCAGUGGCCCAUGCUCUCCCACGUUAACCACACAUCCCCUCGUCGCAAUUGCCAGUAGUAAACAUACCGCACUUCAGAUCGUCACCCGCGCUCCCCUCAUCACCCUCGUCGACCCACACCGAUCCUCGCCGCCCUCACCUCCCUUCGUCACCGACAUUCCCUCUCGUCGCUCGCGCUUCCCCUCAUCACCCGUGCCGACCCUCACCGCCCUCGCCUCCCCUCGUCGCCCGCGCGUCCCGUUGUCGGGCUUGCCUCCCAGUCACUCGCGCUUCCCCUCGUCAUCCGUGUUUCCAUCCGCUCUUUCCCUCUCCCCAUCUCACCACCUCCAGCCCAUCCUUCCUCCCUCAUACCAUCCGAAGGGGUGGGACAGAUGGGGAGGAACAGAUGGGGAGGAACGGAUGGGGAGGAACGGAUGGGGAGAAACAGAGGUGGUCGCUUCCGCCACCACAAUCGAACAGCGUUUUGAUUCCCUCUCUGCUCCCCACCAUCCUCCCCCCAGCUCUCUCCCCGGCAUCUGCCCCCGUUCCCCCCAUCCUCUUCCCUGUUUCCCCGUAUCCCCUGCCGUGCUUCCCCCCAUCCUAUCCCCUCUUACCCCGUAUCCCCUGCCCUGCUUCCCCCCAUCCCCUUCCCUGCUUCCCCCCAUCCCCUUCCCUGCUUCCCCUCGUCCCCUCCCCUGCUCUCCCCCAUCCCCUUCCCUGCUUCCCUCCAUCCCCUUCCCUGCUUCCCUCCAUCCCCUUCCUUGCUUUCCCCCAUCCCCUACCCUGCUUCCCCCCAUCCCCCUCCCUACUUCCCCCCAUCCCCUUCCCUGCUUCCCCCCAUCCCCUGCCCUGCUUCCCCCCAUCCCCUUCCCUACUUUCCCCCAUCCCCUGCCCUGCUUCCCCCCUUCCCUUUCCCUGCUUCACCCCAUCCCCUCCCCUGCUUCCCCCCAUCCCGUCCCGUGCUUCCCCCCAUCCCCUUCCCUGCUUCCCCCCAUCCCCUUCCCUGCUUCCCCCCAUCCCCUUCCCUGCUUCCCCCAAUCCCCUUCCCUGUUUCCCCCCAUCCCCUUCCCUGCUUCCCCCCCAUCCCCUUCCCUGCUUCCCCCCAUCACCUUCCCUGCUUCCCCCCAUCCCCUUCCCCGGUUUCCCCCCAUCCCCUUCCCCGCUUCCCCCCAUCCCCUUCCCUGCUUCCCCCCCCAUCCUCUCCCUCCUCAUGUACAAUCGCAAAGAAAAGGGGGGACGCACGCGCAACAGGGGGGCAGCGCAGCAGACUUGUGUGCAAUCUCAGUGACUUGUGUGCAAUCUCAGUGA